GACGCCGGAGCGGCGGCAGCUCGGGCGGGAGCGGGGACUGAGGCGGGCGGCGGGGGACGCGCGGCCUGCUGCCGGGGCGCGGCGGGAGGAGGGUCCGGGCGGCUCCCCCGGAGGCGCGGCCGGGGCUUCGGGGCCGCGCGCCCGCCGCUAUGUGCGGCGUCCUCGGAGGAGUCGCGGCCGGCGCGGCGGGGCGUCUCGGGGCGUGUGGCUGACUCGCCUGGAGCCCUGCCCCGCCGCGGUCUGGGAUGGGCAGCGGACGGAACCGAGAAAGGUGCCCAUGGCGUCGGAGCGGCGCAAGGCCAAGUACCGCUGGAGCAGCAGCCCCUCGGAAGGCGGCCCCAGCAAGCGCAGCUGCCUCCGGGAGCCCGGCCAUGUGGCCCCCGCCGGCCGGCCGGCCCGCAGCCCCCAGCGCCUGAAGGCCUCGCGGGACGACGAUGCGGGCCGCCCGCCGCCCCGGGGCUCUUCCCGCCGCCGCCGGCGUUCCUCCUCCUCUUCCUCCUCCCACUCGUCGGGCCCGGCUGUGGGCGGAGCCGCCGCCCAGGGCUGCCUGAUUCCGGGCGCGCCAGGCUGCCGCGCCAGCCCCUCGCUGGAAGACAUGGCCUCCCGGCACGAGGAGGCCUGCAGGCUCAGGGUUGACUCCAGAGGCAGUUCUCGAGACUCCCCGAACUCUGAAUUUGCAGCUGAGGCUGAAGGUCAGAAGGAUGCGACUGAGGAGCCAAACAAGGUCCAGAGACGGAGGCGGGAGAGGCCUCGCGACCAGGGCUCCACCAUGAUCUAUCUGAAGGCGCUGCAGGGCAUCCUGGGGAAGUCAUUGCCCCGGCGGAAGGGGGACGCUGCUCCACAGGCAAGGGCAAAGGAGAGCCCGGAAGAGCGGCCGUGUCGGGCAGAAGAGCCAGUCAGGAGUGUCUCGGUGCCCACUUCUCCGGAGGACAAAGGAUUGGCUGUGGAGGAAGAGGCGGAGCCGGAGCAGGAGGAGAGCAGCUUCUGUGGCCGGAGAGUGAUCAUUGACCCUGCGGAGUCACCAGGCAAGGAGCCGCUUGGCCACCAAAGGACAGUCGUUGAUGAGCCCUCUGCACCCCUGCGCUUUUGGGAUGACACCGACUCGCAUGUGGAAGUGCACAAGCCCAAAGGUCGGGAGGUGGUGAUGGAGCACCCCUCCUCAGGCAGUGACUGGUCUGAUGUGGACGAGAUCCCCACCGUCAGGUUCUCUCAGGAGGAGCCCAUCGUGCCAAAAUACUCCACUGCUCCAGAGCCUUCCUCCUAUACCCCCGACUACGUCAUGUACCCAGCUCAUCUGUAUAGCAGCCCUUGGUGUGACUAUGCCCGCUACUGGUCCAGCAGCCCCAAGCCCCCCAGCUCUUCGGCUGCAGGCGGCAGCAGUGACCUGGCCCUGGCUGGACAGAGUGGCCGGAGCCUCCCGAGCGAGUGUCCACCCAGCUCUCCGCCGGUCAGCUUCCACACCACUGCCAGGGACCCGGUGGUCAUUGAGGAAGGACAAUCCCAGAACUCGCGUGCAUUCCGCUUCUCCAGAAGCUCACAAGAGGUGGGGCGGGAGAAAAGAACGUUCCGAGAGGAGACCCCGCCGCGCCAUGCUCGCAGGCAUGCUGCUGGCUCUGAGCCCAGGAGCUGCCGGGAGGCCGGCCCGGAGGAGGGCUUUAUUGACACCCACUGUCACUUGGACAUGCUCUAUUCCAAGCUGUCCUUCAGAGGGACUUUUACCAAGUUCAGGAAGAUCUACAGUAGCUCCUUCCCCAAGGAAUUCCGGGGCUGCAUCUCUGACUUCUGUGACCCCCGAACGCUGACAGACUGCCUGUGGGAGGAGCUGCUGAAGGAGGACUUGGUCUGGGGGGCCUUUGGCUGCCACCCUCACUUCGCACGCUACUACACCGAGAGCCAGGAGAGGAAUCUCCUGCAAGCCUUGCGGCACCCUAAGGCUGUAGCCUUUGGGGAGAUGGGGUUGGACUACUCUUACAAGUGCACCACGCCUGUCCCACAGCAGCACAAGGUGUUUGAGAGGCAGCUGCAGCUGGCCGUGGCCCUGAGGAAGCCCUUGGUGAUCCACUGCCGGGAAGCUGAUGAGGACCUGCUGGAUGUCAUGAAGAGAUUUGUGCCCUCCGACUACAAGAUCCAUAGGCACUGCUUCACUGGCAGCUACCCAGUCAUCGAGCCCCUGUUGAAGCACUUCCCCAACAUGUCCGUGGGCUUCACGGCCGUCCUGACCUACUCCUCUGCCUGGGAGGCCCGGUCGGCUGUGAGGCAGAUCCCGCUGGACAGAAUCAUCGUGGAGACGGAUGCUCCCUAUUUCCUGCCACGCCAGGUCCCCAGAAGCCUUUGCCAGUAUGCCCACCCUGGCCUGGCCCUGCACACGGUGCGUGAGAUUGCCAGGGUCAAAGAGGAGUCGCUGUCACACACCUUGGCCACUCUGCGGGAAAACACCAGUCGCCUGUACAACCUCUGAGCAGCGGAACAGCACUGGGAGUCUCCACGACAAGGGCAACAGUGGCCUGACCAGCAGGCUGAGCAUAAACCUCGCUGUGUCCCCAUGACCUGACUCGAGGACAGGUCUGCAGAGCUGCUGGACCGAAGAAGCCGGGACA